AUGGACAAUAUUACUUCUUUGGUUCAAUAUGGAGGCAAGUGGAAUGAAAACAACGAGUACCAAGGGUACACAAUGACUGGGAUAUUAAUACCACCAAAUUGUUCUCUUGACAACUUGGUUGUAACAGACAAUUCAGUGUUGUUCUUUCUAGAAAUAAAGAAAAAAGUUGUUGCAAAAAUAAUAGAUUUACCAUUGUGUGUCACUAUAGUUCAAGAAUCAAGCAAUGAAAAUGAUCUUCUUCUACUAGCAAAUCAGAAAGCUACAACAGGAGAAAUGGAGGUGGGGACAUUAUUAAUGCAAGCAAAUCAAGCUUCCAUCAAUGAACAAAUGUUACUUGAAGAAGGAAUGUCAAGCACAACAAAUGACAGCAUAAAUGUGUCAUACAUACCUCAUUUUGCUGAAGAAGUAGCUGAUUUCAUAAUUGAGGACAAUACAAAAAGAAAAAAGAAGUUGGAUGAAAUCCAACUAGUAAUAUCUGAUUACAGAGUCAACACAAUAGAGCAAGGGCAAAUUUACAAGGAUAAGAACACAAUCAAAUCAGCUCUUAGCUACUAUGCAAUGUUGCAUAACUUCCAGUUCAAAACAAAAAGAUCAGAACCUAGAGAGUACCUAGUUACUUGCGCAGAUGAAACACGCAACUGGUUGGUGAGAGCAUCUAAGUACAUAAAUCAAGAUUUAUUCAAGGUACAUAAAUGCAAUCCAAAUCACACUUGCUCUGUUGAAAUUGUUUUGGAAGACCAUAGGCAAGCAAAAAGCAUCGUAGUUGGGGAAUUAAUAAAGAAUAAGUACAAGUCAAUCAAAAGAAAUUACGCUCCAAAUGACAUCAUGAAUGAUAUGAAUGAUGACUUCGGAGUAACUAUGGGAUACACAAAAGCAUGGAGAUCAAGAGAGAAAGCUUUGCGUCUAGGUUGGAGAUACUUGAGGCCUAUAAUUUUUGUUGAUGGAACUUUCUUGAAAAAUGCACAUGGUGGUACCCUAUUUUCAGCAUCAACGUUAGAUUCAAACAACAACAUUUUCGUGUUGGCUUUUGGAAUAGCAGACUCUGAAAAUGAUAACUCAUGGCUUUGGUUCUUCUCCAAACUGAGAGACACCUAUGGAGAACCCGAAGGAUUGGCUAUAGUUUCUGACAGACAUAAGAGCAUAGAUAAUGCAGUACAUAUGGUGUAUCCAAAUGCUUUCCACGGAGCUUGCAUGCUUCACUUACUCAAUAAUUUGAAAGGCAAAUAUGGGAGCCAUGGAGAAGAGCUACAAAUGAAUUCAUUGCAGUAG